AUGGCUGAGCGUCGUGCGUGUGGAGCGGCGGUUGUCCUGGCGGUGUGCGGGGCGGUGUUGGCUCUGUGCGGGCUGUGCGUGGCGCGCUCGGACGCUCCUCGGGGGGUGGCUCUGGGCUUCGUGUUUGACCCGAAGGCGCAGUGCGAGCCCCGGUGUGAACACGGAGGCAUCUGCAUCCGCAACAACACGUGCUUCUGCUCCCGAGGAUACGAGGGCGAGACGUGCCAGUUCGCGACGUGUUUUCCCAAAUGUAAGAACGGAGGAGUGUGUCUGAGGCCUGGGAAGUGCAGAUGUCAGGAGGGAUACGGAGGACGGUACUGUCAUAAAGUGACGUGUGAUGGAGGCUGUUGGAACGGUGGAGAGUGUUCUGCGGUGAACGGAGUGCCCCGCUGUAUCUGCCCCUCCUCCUGGACCGGAGCUCGCUGUCAGGAGGCUCUGUGUCCUCAGGGAUGUAGAAACGGAGGGAUCUGCGUGGCCCCUGGAAUCUGCAGCUGUCCGGACGGCUGGCUGGGAGGGGCCUGCCACACCGCUGUGUGUGCGACGCCCUGUCUGAACGGAGGGAAGUGUAUUGCUCCAGGGAAGUGCCGCUGCCGCCCGCCGUUCUCCGGAGCGCACUGUGAAGAGAAGAAGAAGAGCUACUGA